CCAAGAGUUAAAACUCACUACACUAAUUUUGAAGAGGCGAGCAGAAGAAAAAAAAAAAACAAUGGCUCUGACGCUGCACUUAACCGCAUUCUUCCCAUCAUCCUUCAAGCAACUUUCUCUGUCUCAAGGCCUCAAAUGCCCCAAAGCCUCCAUGGUGUCCACCCACUGCUCCCCCGCUGUGGAAUCGGAAAACAAGCCAUUCCGGCCUGCGAAAGAGGUAGGGUUUCAAGUGACUCACUCCAUGCCACCGGAUAAGAUAGAGGUAUUCAAAUCCAUUGAGAAUUGGGCCACCGAUAACAUCCUGGUUCAUCUUCAUAAUGUUGAGAAAAGUUGGCAACCGCAAGAUUUUCUUCCAGCGCCCGAAUCAGAAGGAUUCUAUGAUCAAGUCAAGGAGUUGAGAGAAAGAUCAAAAGAACUACCAGAUGAAUAUUUUGUGGUGUUGGUUGGAAAUAUGAUCACAGAGGAGGCCCUCCCAACAUACCAGACAGCACUCAACACACUCGAUGCAGUUCGAGACGAGACAGGCGCAAGCCUUACUCCUUGGGCAAUUUGGACGAGGGCAUGGACAGCUGAGGAGAAUAAGCAUGGUGACCUUCUUAACAAGUAUCUGUACCUCUCUGGACGAGUAGACAUGAGGCAAAUUGAGAAGACAAUUCAGUAUUUGAUUGGAUCAGCAAUGGAUACCAAAUUUGAGAAUAACCCUUACAAUGGAUUCAUAUACACUUCAUUUCAAGAAAGAGCAACGUUCAUCUCCCACGGUAAUACAGCCAGGCUAGCCAAGGCACAUGGGGACACAAAAUUAGCACAGAUAUGCGGCACCAUUGCUGCCGAUGAGAAACGUCACGAAGCUGCCUACUCCAAGAUUGUGGAAAAGCUCUUUCAAAUCGACCCGGAUGCAACUAUGUUGGCUUUAGCCGACAUGAUGAGGAAAAAAAUCACAAUGCCAGCUUAUCUGAUGUAUGAUGGACAGGAUGAUAUCCUUUUUCAUCAUUAUUCCGCUGUUGCUCAAAGGCUUGGAGUCUACACUGCUAAGGACUAUGCAGAUAUACUGGAGUUUUUGGUUGGGAGAUGGAAAGUUGAGAAGCUCACAGGUCUUUCUGCCGAGGGUUAUAGAGCUCAACAUUUUGUUUGCGGACUGCCCUCUAAAAUUAGAAGGAUGGAAGAAAAGGCUCAAACAAGGGCCAAGGCCAAGCAAGCAUCAAGCGCUCCUUUCAGCUGGAUUUUUCACAAAGAAAUAAUAGUUUAAUUGUAGCUUGAUUGAAGUGCAAGAAGUUUAGCUCAGCAGAACACUGCUGCCCAAUUAUGGGUUUUAUGCCCCCCACCAUUUUCCUUUGCUUGUUACUAUUUUGCCCAAAAAGCAGAUCAGUACAAAAACAUCGGGGAACUUUAGUCUUUAGCUAGCUUUGUUGAUUGUGGUUUUGUGGGGCUGUUGUAGUGACAAAAACAACCACGGACUACCUUGGCCUCAGCCUUUAAUAGUUAGUCCUAGUACUUUCCCUGUACCAGAGCAGAGCAGAGGGUCAAGAGAGCUGGCCCAGUUGUUAUCAAAUUAUUAUUACUAGGGUGAAUGGUUUUGCUUAAUCCGGUUGUGUUAGUCGUUCGACACACGCGGCAAGUUGGUAAGCCAGAAAGCUAUCGAGCAGGUCCUGUGGCUUUGGGAAAUCUAAAUCCUGACAGUCAAAAGAGUACCAGAUUCCCAUAAUGUUUUGGUUUCAAUUGCACAGAAUGAUGUGAAAUUACCAGGAUUCUUGUUA